AUGAGUUCCGGAGAUAAGAAACAAUCAGGUCUUGCCAGAGUUUUGGGAUCGGCAUCCGCCGGUGUCUGUGAAAUAGGUGUGUUCCAUCCAAUCGAUACUAUCACCAAAAGAAUGAUGAGUAACCAAACCAGAGUCACCACAGCUUCUAAGUUGAACCAGGUGAUAUUCAGGGAUAUGGCUGAGGCUCCAAUCGGUAAGAGAUUGCUUUCACUUUAUCCUGGAUUAGGUUAUGCUGCUUGCUACAAGAUUCUUCAGAGAGUCUACAAGUACGGUGGACAACCGUUUGUUAAAGAGUAUCUCACUUCCAACUACAAGGAGAACUUCGACAAUAUGUUUGGUACUCAUACUGGUAAGGCUAUGCUUUCUGCCACUGCUGGUUCGAUAAUUGGUAUCGGUGAAGUGUUCCUAUUACCAUUGGACGUGAUGAAGAUCAAGAGUCAAACCAACCCUGAAGCUUUUAAAGGUAGGGGUUUCCUCAAGAUUAUGCAGGAUGAGGGCCUAAAUAACUUGUAUAAAGGCUGGGGAUGGACUGUUGCAAGAAAUAUUCCUGGUUCCUUUGCCUUGUUUGGUGGUAACACCUUUGCUAAGGAGUACAUCUUCCAUUUGAAAGACCACAACUCUGCUUCUAUGGCCCAGAACUUUGGUGCUUCUAUUUGUGGUGCCUGUGCUUCUUUAAUUGUUUCCGCUCCUUUGGAUGUCGUCAAGACUCGUAUUCAGAACAAAAACUUUGACUCUCAGGAAACUGGCUGGACCAUCGUCAAAAACAUGAUGAAGCAAGAAGGUGUGACAUCUUUUUUCAAAGGUUUGACUCCCAAGUUGUUGACUACUGGUCCCAAGUUAGUCUUUUCCUUUGCAAUGGCUCAGACUUUGAUUCCCGCCUUUGAUAGAGCCUUGGCACCUAAGCCUAAGAGAAAUGACUGA